GGGUUAAAAAUACAUCACACCAGAGCACUCCCAUCACAUCAGAUACUGCACGUGGGUGCCAUUUCGUAUAAAAGACAGCGCUAAAUAAGUUUUCCGGGAGCCAGCCUACCCAAUUUCGCCCUGUCGGAAUAACCUCCCAUUGCAUCAACACUGCCGCAUCGUUUUCGGCUGGCUGCGGCGACCCCUCCUCGAUUUCUGAACAACUGCUCUGCAUAACUCCAGUGAACUGCAAGUCCCGCCUCGACCAAGCAGGAUGUCGCUGUAUGCCUCUCAAAUUAAAGCGUUUAAAAGCGCGGAACCAAAAACCCUUGGGGCAGUGGAGAUCAUUAUUGGUGCACUGACAGUCACUCUGAGUACAGUUGUAUAUAAGCUGCACUAUCAUAUCCAGCGGGAGAUCAUCAUCCUUAUCGUAAAUGGUGCUCAGCUCAUUAUUACUGGAAUUCUCCUGGUGCAUGCUGGUCGGAGACCUUCUAAAUGUCUGGUGGGUACAAACAUUGUUUUGCAGUUGGUGACUGCUGCAUUUGACAUUGUUGGAUUUGGUCUCAUAGCCAGACAAUUGCCAUUCCGAGGAGAGUCGUACUAUUACAGAGACACUGAGUGGUGUUGUGACCCACGCCAUUCAGUUUGGAAUUGCUGUGGAGAAGGAGAGAAAGAGGGGCAUAAGGAGUUUUUGGUGAAUGGCAUUCUGGGCACACUGAUUGGUUCUCUGGUGUUGGCAUGUAUUAUCGGUUUGGUUGUGGCCCUUUUAGGAGUGUAUGCCUUGUCUGUUAGUGCCAUUAAGGAGAUGACACCUAUUCCAAAUGCCACAAUAAACCCACACUAUGGUUCUGGAGAGCCGGCCAGGUCUGCUAUGCGUGCUGGGAACUGACAAGACAAAAUACAUUCAUGGGAAAAAAUAAACAAUUUUAGCACAGUUUCAUACCAACUAAAUAAGAAGACUGUUCAUUCACAAAACUAUUCACAGCUAAAGAAAAAAGGUUUUGUGAAAAUAUAAACAAUUUCUAUGUAUGUUAAAAAAAGCUAGCUGUCUGUUUGGCUGUUUCCUCACUUUAGGCUCUGAGAUAUGUAGAAUUUUGGCUUAGCUAAAUAGUUGUUAGGACCUCAUUCAUUUUGAACUAAUAGACAGUAGCUUCUUUGCAUGAAAUUGUAGAAUCAACAAGUAAUAGAAGUAAAUGUGGUAUGAUUAUUUGGAACUGUAGAGUAAGUCUUUUGAAAUGAUAAACCACAUUGAAAAGAGGCAGAUUACUCGAAGAACCCAUGUUUGUGCUAAGACUGCUAUAGGAACACAAAAACUAUGAGUGAAUAGGUGCAUAUUUGAACAAGGCAAGUCUGCGCUGUAGAGCUGACAUCAUUUGCAUGAAACAUCAGUUAGGUCACAAAUUUAAUAAAAUGGGAAAAUACUGAACAACUUUUAUAAAGCUUUCUCUGCAAAAAAAAGAACAGUGCCCAUCAAGAAAUUGAACUGUAAAUGACACAUAAAAGACAUAGUAAACAAAACUGCAUAUUCCUUUUCGGUUUACAUACAUAACCUGUCAUUGUAUCUACUUACUUGCUGUUUGAUAUGACAUCAUGAUGUUUGGAUGUCUAGAUUUUUUAUACUCUUCACAAAUGUCUCAAUUGUGUUUCAGAUAUUAUAGAUAAUAAUGUUAAUGUGACAAAUUAAUCAGUGGCACUGUGUUUAUAAAUAUUUUCUUUUUACUCAACAGUUUUUGCAGAACAGUGGAAGCUUGAUAAUUAUUGUCCAGUAUAAUCUAUAAUAAAGGAAAAUGUCAGAAUCAUCUAAACAUCGGAAAAUGACUGGCAUUGCUUGGCUUUUUUUGUCAUCUUGUUUUAUCUUUACUGAUACUUCAGGAAAGCUAUGAUGACUGCCAACUUUGUAAGUGCCACCACUUGUGACCAAAAUUAUGGACACUAAUAACAAUAAGUCAGAGGUUGAACCCUCAUUCAAGGGCUCAACUGGUAUUGUAAAAUCUUGGAUGCAUGUGUUGUCAGUUCACAAUACUGUUCGCGUCAGUAUGUCAUUGCCUUUGUGACAUCAUGUGAGAUUUACAUUGUGCCUGUAUUAGACGACCUCUUUAUAUGUAGUGAUGUAAAAAAAUGUAGGCAGUUUCAUGUGUGUUUGUGAAUGAUUGAUAUUUACAAUAAAUAUGAUUUACUAGACAAA